GGGAAACUGGUUGGCUGGCAUCUUUUAGUUUAGCCUUAUGAAAUCCUCAUCUGUUUCUCAUUGCCACAUAACAAAAUGUGUUUUGCUUUAUUCUUCAUUUAUAGUUCAGUACCAUGGCCAGCACAACGAAGGCAGUAAGCUGUGCGACCCUUAAGGAGAACUAAAACGCCGGCAUGUUAAGGAAAGACGUGACCGAAGAAAUUGGUGCGAUUUCAUCACCUGCAAUUGUCUGAAAUAAACAGAUAGAUGCAAGUGGGCAGCUGAAUCUGCAAGAAACCGGCUUCUAACUACAAAAGGGCACAUGGCAAAGUGUCAGCUUCUACUGCAGGCAAGAACCAUGCAUUGAAUUGAGCCUCAUAUGAUAGAUGGAUGAGGUGAAGAAGGGGCUGCACGAUGCUCAGGAAGAUCCACUCAAUAUUUCACCCCAACUCCCGCAGGAGAAGCCUGACUGAUGGGAUCCCUACUGGCGAUGGCUCUGCAGUCCGCUUGAUCCGAAGCACCUCUAUGUAUGUGCUUGGAGAUGUGGAUAAUAAAUUCAGUGAGCCUUUGAAAAAAAGCAAAAGUACCACCAGCCUGGAUUCAGUUGCCUGCCUCCACCUGAAGGAAGAAGAACGGGCAUGGAUGUACUCAAAGACUCAAGACUGUUUGCAGUACUUGCAAGACUUGCUAGCUUUGAGGAAAAAAUACAUUGAGAGCAUCAAAGAUCUGAAAUCCAGUGACAGGGCAUCUGAUAUUUCCUCAGUGUCUACAAAAUCUUCCAAGACAAGACAAAAGUCACCAGCCACGCCUCCACCACUACAGUCUUCCAAGAUCUCAGCAGAGAGAAAAGGCUCACAGCUCAAUUCCGACGUAACCGAGGCAAUAGCUUAUUUUGACUCAAUUAUUGCCGAGCUAGAUGCAGAAAGGCAUCGGAAAAUUGUUGUGAGGGAUCAUCCGCCACACGCAGAUGUUGAUUUUGAUGUCAUUGCUAGCUCACGGGAGCACAGUUUGCAUUCCAACUGGAUUCUACGGGCCCCUCGGAGAUGUUCCCAAAAUGCUGUCCAAGGAGGAAAGACGACAAGCCAAUCGGAGAGAAACAGCCAUGGAAGAACCAUUUGCUCCAGAAAGAAACUAGAAAGAUAUCCAAUAUAUCUACCUAAGGCUGUGGAGGGAGCAUUCAAUACUUUGAAGUUUAAACCCAAAGUGUGCCCAAAAGUACAGCUCUGAUC